AUGAAUAAAUUCCUGAUUCCGUUCGUCCUUUUGAACAUUAUUCUUGUUUACCUGUUGACUGUGUCUGUGGAAGUGGGUCCAAUAAUCGAUGAUUCUUGCAAAGAACCGUUACCGAAAGACUUUUACGGGACUAUGAGGGAUUGGCAUUGUAUCAUAAACAAUCGGAAACGCUUUGUUGUUUUUAUCCAAAGUAAAUAUUUGAAUCGUAGAAUUCACUAUUACUCAAACUGCCAAACUACUUUCAAUCCUACUGUUUUGUCCUCGCAUUUGUUGAUGUGUGGAGACAUUCAUCCCAAUCCAGGACCAACAAUGGCUAACAUUAACUCAACUAGCCGUGGUAACCUCGGUUCGCGUAAACAGAAUCCUGAACAAAAACAUUCUAGCUUGUUUUGCAUGUGCAUGAAUGCAAGGAGUUUGAAAAAGACCUUACUUACGCCGGAGAAUCUUCAUGUUUCCAAUUUAAUCAAGUUUCAAGAGUUGGUUUACUCAGAAUCGAUUGAUGUAAUGUUCGUGACUGAAACUUGGCUCAACAGCGAUAUAUCUGAUAGAGAAAUCUUACCAAUUGGGUAUGACAUUUACAGAACUGACAGAUCACUGGGACGAUCUGGGGGAGGCGUACUUAUUGCAAUUAAACAAGAUACUUUCAUAAAUUGUAAUCAAAUUUCGUCUGUUUCUAUGAAAAACUUAGAGGCUGUUGCUAUCGAGUGUACAUUACCUAACCUCACGAAAUGGCUUGUUGUAUGUUGUUACAGACCUCCCGAUAGUAAUGAUAUGUCUGAUUUCCGUUCCUUUGCUGAUAAGUUAUUCCCUGUCUACGACAAGAUCCUUAUCGCCGGUGACUUUAACCUCCCGAAUAUUUCCUGGACAGAUUCUAACUAUACCGCAACAGGAUCAUUGAAUCAGAACUUCUGUGAUGUAUUAGACGACUACUUCAUGUCCCAACUUUGUUUGGUUCCCACUAGAGAGUCGACCAUUCUGGAUUUACUAAUUACCAACCAACCAGAACACAUAACAUUAACGGCCGUCCACCCUCCAGCUGAGUUAGGAAUGAAUUCUGAUCAUAAUAUCAUAAUAUCAUACACUUCCAAAUCUCCACCUCAUCAAGUAUUGUCCCCCCAAACAAACGUUUGA